AUGACGAGUCCUCGCGACGAAGUUGCGCGUUUCAGCUAUCUUCAAUGGCAACCACUUUACGAAACUGAAAAGCCUUUUCAAGUGUUCUCCAACAUCAGUUGUAGUGCUUUAGAACAACGCUCAACCAAUCUUCAUUUCAUAGAUGGCGAGCCCCAAACGAUACACGAUAUACGAGGAAGAGAGUCAGAGUUUGGACUCGACAGAAAUGGUUUCAUGAUACGAAAAGACGAGAUGCGAGAAGCGGAUCUCACCACCGAAGAAGGGUUCCGGAGGGACUAUCUACCUCAUAUUGAAAACAUGAUGAAGGAACACGUUGCUGAUAUCGAUCAUAUGGUUUGUUUCGAUUGGGGAUUCAGGAAGAACGUCCCCCUUCGUAAAGAUCGGAUCAAUGUGAACGACAGAAUGCAGCUGCUCGAACCAGCUCGGCAAGUUCACUGCGAUCAAAGCCCUGCUGGAGCACUGCAACGUCUGCAGCGCCAUGCUCCCGAGUACACAAAGGCAGCUUAUGAAGGUCGACUUCGGAUCAUUAAUGUUUGGCGCCCUUUGAACCAUCCGGUAGAGGACAAUGCGCUGGCUGUAUGCGAUGGUCAGACUAUUGAAGAUCGUGACCUUGUCGAGGCUGAUCACAUCACACGCCUGUAUUUGGGCCGAACCAUGUACGGUCUACAGUCUCCACAACAUAAGUGGUACUAUCUCAACCACCAAUGUCCCAAUGAGCUCUUGUUUAUCAAGAUAUUCGACUCCGACUCAACCGUACCUGCCCCACGAUCACUCCAUGCAUCGUUUGACCACAGUCAAAAACGGGAGAAUGCACCUCCUCGUGAGAGCGUUGAGGUGAGGUUUCUUGUGAUCACGGAAGCACGGCAGUGA